GAAGCUCUCCGAGCGCGGGAGCUGCGGGAGAGGGGGAACUGAAAAUCCGCGGAACCAGAGGCGAGGGAGCAGCGCGGGCGGAGGAAGGACGAGAUGGGGAACCGGCAGGCCUAGCUGCGAGGCGGCGGCAGCGGCGUGGAGAUGGAGCCCCUGCGGGUCCUCGAGCUGUACAGCGGCAUUGGGGGCAUGCACCAGGCGCUGAGAGAAAGCUGUAUUCCUUCACAAGUGGUGGCUGCCAUUGACGUAAACACUGUCGCUAAUGAAGUGUACGCGUACAAUUUUCCUCACACUCAGUUACUGGCCAAGACAAUUGAAGGCAUUACACUAGAAGAGUUUGACAAAUUGUCUUUCAAUAUGAUUUUAAUGAGCCCUCCCUGUCAGCCAUUCACCAGAAUUGGCCUGCAAGGUGAUGUGACUGAUCCAAGGACAAAUAGCCUCUUACAUAUUCUAAAUAUUCUCCCAAGAUUACAAAAAUUACCGAAAUACAUUCUUUUAGAAAAUGUUAAAGGUUUUGAAGUAUCUUCUACAAGAGACCUGUUAAUACAAACAAUACAAAAUUGCGGUUUUCAGUACCAAGAAUUUCUGUUAUCUCCAACCUCUCUCGGCAUUCCAAAUUCAAGGCUACGGUAUUUCCUCAUUGCAAAGCUUCAGUCAGAACCAUUGCCUUUUCAAGCUCCUGGUCAGGUGCUGAAGGAGUUCCCCAAACUUGAAUCUGAACAUCCAGAAAAAAAUACAAUAGUUGCAGAAAAUAAAAUUGAAAGAAAGAAAAUUGAACCAAAUAUUUGCUUUGAUAAUGGCAGACAGUGUUCUGGAAAAGAAGCCAUUCUUUUUAAGCUUGAAACUAUAGAAGAAAUUGACCGGAAACAUCAGCAGGACAGUGAUCUCUCUGUGCGGAUGCUAAAAGAUUUUCUUGAAGAGGACAUUGACACGAAUCAGUAUUUUUUACCACCAAAGUCACUGUUGCGAUACGCUCUUUUGUUAGACAUUGUUAAGCCCACUUGCAGAAGGUCCACAUGCUUUACCAAAGGUUAUGGAAGCUACAUAGAAGGGACAGGAUCUGUGUUGCAGACCUCAGAGGACGUGCAGAUUGAGAAUGUCUACAAAUCCCUCACCAAUUUGUCACAAGAAGAAAAGAUAACAAAAUUAUCAAUGCUUAAACUUCGGUAUUUCACUCCUAAAGAAAUAGCAAAUCUCCUUGGAUUUCCUCCAGACUUCGAGUCCCUGCCCCAUCCCUGAUCCCACUUUCUUGGUGCCUGUGCUCUCGGCCAUACUGACACCGUCAGUGUCUCAGGCCGGGGUGGCUGUGUUCCCAGUACCUGGCUCGCGCCGACCGGAGAGAGACAGACCUCCCUAACGUGUUCCAGGACUACACAAGGACACAGUGUGUUUUUGAUAACUCUGGGAGUUUGAAAGCAGAAAAGUGGAACUUGUCUGAAUCCAGUAUUGUUGUAAUAUUAAUACAGUACUAUUUUUGAAGCAGAUGACGGGUUAAAUAGAUCAUGUUUUAAAUUCUAAAUGGUGGAUUUACAGAUGAGGUUUUGGAGCACAUCCUUCUGUACAUUGGGAAGAAAGUGACUAUAUAAUUGGAGUGUCCUCUUGGUAAUUGGUUCUUGAAGGGUAGUCACGGCAACCAGGUUUAUUUUGUAACUCUCUGCCUUUUUCUUGGUGAUCUCAUUCAGUCACAAAUACCCUGGGGAGUGUUAUUUGAGGAAAACACAAACUUUCCUUGUCUUAGUCUACGUCACACAGUAAAGUGAGAACAUCAUAAAACAAAUAAAGAGCUGAGAACUGGACUCAAGAAAUUAAUUCCCAGUCUGCUCAUUUGCUUACUAUUUUUUUUUUUUUUGCUUUUUUAGGCUAAACAAUCAAAGGCACUUUCCAUAGUACUAAAGAGAGCAAAGAAAUUGAGUGUCUAAUAACAAAUUCCUACGUUUUGAGUGCUCGUUUCUUUCAGUAGUGGCAGUCACUGUGGUAACACUGAAAGGCAGCAGGGACCCCAGAGUCAGACUGGCCAAGUUGGAGUCCUAGCUGCACCUCACGCCCUCCCUGCUUUAGUUUACACAUGUGUGGAGCGGGGGUCAUCGCAGCGCCAGUGUCAGAGGGUCCUAGUGACAGUUAAAUGAGGUAACGUGUAAAAUGCUUACACACUUUCUGACAGACAACAUCAAAUUCAAAUGUCAGCUUUUACUUGUAAAACAACGGACAUUUAUUUGCUCUCAUAGCCUUUACUUCAUAGAUACUUCUCAUUUGAAAAUUUCACAUAUGUAAGUUAGAAUUUUUCAAAGCUCUCUGCAAAUGCACAUACACGAAAGUCUUUAAAUUACUUCACCUUCUUUUAAAAUAUGUGAUAUAUUUGUAUGAUCAGUAUUGACCUGACAUCACCCCUGAGCAGCACUGUGACAGAAAUGUCCUUCCCGUGUGCUUCCAACAUGAUCGAGUCUGAAUCUGAAAUGGGCGUUGUUUGAGCUGCGCUGUUAACGAGGGUUUUGCAUCGAUCCUUCCGUACAUCGUGUGCUGGUUUUCUUUGUCACUAGUGGUAUGCACUCGUGAGAUAGUGAGCUUGGGAAGCGGACACUGACCUACACUUACAGAAUGAAAGCUGCUAUCUUGACCUUGUUAAUGCUAUGUUUCUGUGUUUUUGAGCAUCAUUAUUCUCUUUAGUGUACCUAAGUUUCUAAAAAGUCACCUUUUAAUUUAAAAAAAGCUGUACCUGUAUAUAAAAUACGCAAGCACCCUUACAUAUAUGUCAUUUUUACAAAUCUCACUUGUUUGCUUUCAAACAUUUCUUGCCCUGUGAUAUAAUCUUAAUAUUACACGAGGUCAUCCCUGGGAUAUUCUAAAAGUCUGUGAUAGAGUUGCAUCUUUGGCUCAUUUGAAUGAAAUAAUUUUUUAGAUGACUAAUGUGCUUGCCUAAGACAUAUUAUCUUUAUAAUGGCAAUUUUAUGAUCUUGCUCAAUUGCAUAUGUAAUUUUAUUAUGUGACCACUUCUUUUAUUGCAGUAAGUAUAAUGUAAAGUGUUGAUGAAGCAAUUUUAUCACAGUCAACUCUACCUUCUGGUCCUCACAAAAUAUGUAUUUUGGUUUUCUUAAUACUUUUUAAUUAUUUCCUCCAUCUUAUUAUCUAAAUUGCCUUUCCUUUAUUUAAUUGUGUGCCAUAGGAUACUGAAUAUGAAAAUGGUAACUAACCUUACAGGGUAUACUUCACGGACAGUCUUUUAUGUUGAUACUUGCAAGGUUCUGCUCUAGCAAAUGUUGUAUCUAUGGGCCAUUUGUUUUGAAAAAGAAUGUAGCAAAAUAGAAGUCCAAUGUGAGAAAGCCCAUUUGUGGAAGCAGAAUAUAAAAAACAACUGUGAGGGACUUGUAUCCAGAAUAUAUGAAGAGCUCUUAUAACUCAACAAUAAAAAGAAAUAAUCCAAUUAAAAAAUGGGCAAAGGAUUUGAAUAUUUUCCAAAGAAGAUAGACAGAUGGCCAAUAAGCACAUGAAAAGAUGUUCAGCAUUAUUAGUUAUUAAGGAAAUGUAAAUCAAAACCACAAUAAGAUACCGCUUCACAAAAAGACAAACAAUAACAGUGUUGGUAAAGACGUGGUGAAAUCAGAUCCCUUGUACACUGCUGGUGGGAAUAUAAAAUGGUACAGCUGCUCUGAAGAACAGUGUGCAAGUCCUCAAAUGUUAGACAUAGAGUUACUGUAUGAGUCAGCAUUUUCACCCCUAGGUAUAUAUCCAAGAGAACUGAAAACACAUGUCUCCACAAAAAUGUAUACAAGAGAAUAAUUCAUACUCAAAAAGUAGAAACAACCCAGUAUCUAUCAAUGGAUAAGUGGAUAAAUAAAAUGUGGCAUAUCCGUGCGAUAGACUAUUAUUUAGUUAAAAAGAGGAUGGAGUAUCGCUACAUCAUGUUGUGAUGAAUGAAUGAACCUUGAAAAUAUGCUAAGUGAAAGAAGCCAGAAACAGAAGACAACAUAUUGUAUGGUUCCAUUUAUAUGGAAUGUCCAGAAUAGGCAAAUCCAUAGAUACGGAAAGUAGAUUAGUGCUUCAGGGGCAGGGAGGGGAGCUGGGGAGUGAUUGCUAGUGGGUACCAGCUUUCCUUUUUUUAAAAAAUUGAAGUAUAAUCGAGAUGUAACAUUAUAAUACCUUUGGGUAUACAAUGGGAUGAUUUGAUAUUUGUAUACAUUGAGAAAUGAUCACCACAAAAAGUGUGGUAACAUCCAUUGCCAUAUAUCAGACAUAGUUACAAACAUUUUUUGUUUGUGAUGAGGACUUUUAAGACCUAUUAGUAACUUUCAAAUACACAAUAUAGUAUUAGUAACUGUAGUCUCCACCAUGCUGUAAAUGACAUUCCCAUGACUUGUUUAUUUUAUAGCUGGAAGUUUAUACCUUUUGACCUCUUUGACCCAUUUAGCCCCCCCCCCCCCAACCACCAGUCUAUUCUCCGUAUCUGUGAGUGUGAUAUUUUUUUUUCUUUGCUUGCUUUGUUUCUUAGAUUCCACAUUAUAAGUGAGAUCAUAGAGUGUUUGCCCUUUUCUCUCUGACUUACUUCACUUGGUAUAAUGUCCUCAAGGUCCAC